GGCAUAUGCCCAAUUCAAACCCAAUCACCAUCAUCAUCAUCAAAGAGUGUGCCCGGCGAACAUAGCGGGUCAGAGAGACAGAGAGGGAGAGGGGCAGUAUUUUUUUAAUAAACAAAGCGUAUCUCCAUGAUUAUUAAACUUACCUUAUAAUCCGCUCCGCUGUAAAGCAUCUUCCUUUCCAAUAUUCCUAUCCAGAAUUAUAAACCAAAAAAAAUAUAUAUUAUCCUUCUACUACCAUUUCAAAUUCCAUAAAUAAUCCAUUCCUCCUCUCCCAAAAGCUUUUCAAGCUUUCCCAUAUUUUUCCCACAUAACCAUUGAUAAUGGGCAAGAUGAGAAGGAAGCUAGAAAUGAACUUGUUGGGGUUGGCAAUGCUAUUGGUUCUUCUAACUCUUCAUGAGGUGAAGUCCCAUGGAGAUCAUCCUUUCUCCAAAAUUGCUGUUCACAACACAAUAUUUGCUCUUCAUCAUGAUGCUUAUGUUAAAGCCACCCCUUCUGUUAUUGGAUUGAAGGGGCAAAAUACUGAGCGGGUAACUGUACAGUUCAGUUCUCCGAACCCAUCAAAUGAUGAUUGGAUUGGAGUAUUUUCUCCUGCGAAUUUCAGUGCCUCGACCUGCUAUCCAGAAACUCGAAUGAGUUCUCCACCAUAUUUGUGUUCGGCACCUAUUAAGUUCCAGUUUGCAAAUUAUAGUAGUCCUAAGUAUAAAUAUACGGGAAAAGGCGUGUUGAACCUACAGUUGAUUAAUCAGAGAUCGGAUUUCUCUUUUGCACUAUUCUCGGGUGGUUUGUCAAAUCCAAAGCUGGUGGCAGUAUCAAAUAAAGUAACUUUCAUAAAUCCAAAAGCUCCAGUUUAUCCACGCUUGGCACAAGGAAAAUUGUGGAACGAAAUGACGGUGACAUGGACGAGUGGAUAUGGAAUCAAUGAAGCAGAACCUUUUGUUGAAUGGGAUCCAAAGGGAGGUGACCGUGUGAGAUCACCUGCUGGGACUUUGACUAUUGAUCGUAACAGUAUGUGUGGUGCACCGGCAAGGACAGUGGGAUGGAGAGAUCCUGGAUUUAUACACACUGUUUUUCUGAAGGAACUGUGGCCCAACAAAAUGUAUAUUUACAAGCUGGGGCAUAAAUUGUUUAAUGGUUCAUAUAUUUGGAGUCAAGAAUACCAAUUUCGAGCAUCUCCUUAUCCUGGACAAAAUUCUCUUCAACGUGUGGUCAUAUUUGGUGAUAUGGGAAAGGAUGAAGCGGAUGGGUCUAAUGAAUACAAUGAUUUCCAGCAUGGCUCUCUCAACACUACCAAGCAGCUUAUUCAAGACUUGAAAGAUAUUGACAUCAUCUUCCAUAUCGGAGAUAUAUGCUAUGCAAAUGGAUACAUUUCACAGUGGGACCAAUUUACUGCACAGGUGGAGCCACUAGCAUCGACCGUGCCAUAUAUGAUUGCAAGUGGUAAUCAUGAGCGUGAUUGGCCAGGAACAGGAUCCUUCUACGAGAACUUGGAUUCAGGGGGAGAAUGUGGUGUCUUGGCAGAAACUAUGUUUUAUGUCCCUGCUGAGAACAGGGCUAAGUUCUGGUAUUCCACUGAUUAUGGCAUGUUUCGUUUCUGCGUAGCCAACACGGAACAUGAUUGGAGAGAGGGAACUGAGCAAUAUAGGUUCAUUGAAAAUUGCCUAUCAACAGUUGAUAGACAAAAGCAACCGUGGCUGAUCUUUCUUGCACAUCGAGUCCUGGGCUAUUCUUCUGGAAGCUUUUAUGUAGAUGAGGGAUCAUUUGGGGAACCAAUGGGGAGAGACAGUCUUCAGAAACUUUGGCAAAAGUAUAAAGUUGACAUUGCCAUUUAUGGUCAUGUGCACAACUAUGAAAGAACAUGUCCAAUAUACCAGAACACUUGCACGAACAAUGAGAAGAAAUAUUACAAAGGUACUUUGAAUGGGACAAUACACGUGGUCGCCGGAGGUGGAGGAGCAAGCCUUGCUGAAUUUUCUUCAGUAGAAACAAAAUGGAGUCUGGUCAAGGACUUUGAUUAUGGAUUCGUAAAACUAACAGCAUUUGAUCACUCUAACCUGUUGUUUGAGUACAAGAAGAGCAGGGAUGGAAAAGUAUAUGACUCUUUCAGAAUAUCCAGAGAUUACAGGGACAUCUUAGCCUGCACUUUUGAUGGUUGUCCAAGUACCACAUUAGCAUUUUGAUUAAUACAUAAUGAAGGAAAAGAUUGUCAUUAUGUACCAGUAUUCUCAUAAUAAUCAUGCAGUUUUGCAUUGCAUGCUUUACUAAAGUUGUGAAUACAUUUUUCCUUUUGUUUCAAUGCCAUUGUUGAAACUUCUUGGAUAAAAAAAGCUUCAAACACCAUAAAUGGAAAUUGGUUAUAUAACAAAAUAAAGUGUUAACUAAUUUUUAGGA